AUGGGCACUUUGGUUACCGAUUUUAGAGGGGUUUCAGAACACACGUGUCAGCAAUUGAGGGAGAGUAGUAACUCCCCGUUUAUUUUCUUCUUCUUGUCUUCUCUAGCUCACGGAACUCAUCUCACCGGAGAACGACGACACCGACGAAUCGAAAAUCUUCCACUUCUUCGUCAAGAACAAUGUCUUCGUCGUCAUCGACAAAUCAAUCAAACAAGAAUCCAAUUUCUCGGCCGAAGCGAAGCAAGAUCAGCCCCACUCGGCGACGCCGUAACCGCUGUAAUCCUUUCGGAGAUAUCACAAACCAGAAGAGCGGCUCGAAGAUAUCCCAAGCCAAUCGCGAAAUCAAACUUACUCGUUCCUUACGAAGACAUCAAAUUGCGUAAUGCUUCUUCACAAGGAUCAUCAUCCUUCGUUGCAGAGUCAAAUUUGGUAAAUGAUGAUGAUGAGGUUGAUGAUACUGAUAGUAACCUUGUGGAUCCACAGCUUUGUGGUGCCUUUGCUUGCGAUAUCUUCUGA